ACUAUAAAAACAUUUGGGCGGCUCAUCAGUUGAACGCAGAGGUUUGUGGUAUAUUAUUGACUGCAGUGCAAGAGCACUUAUCACUGCAGAGCACUGAUUAAAACAUCAUGCCGUUUGCCUGCAUCACUUUUUUUCUCUUCACUUCUACCUUGACUUUAGGAUGGGCAAGAAGUGUAGACACAGAACCACAAACACCCAGCCUUUCCAUGAUGAACAUGUGCACCGAUUGCAAGAAGAUUGUACAGUUGUUGACAGAAAUCCUCUCCAAUCAAGACUCACAGCAUCUCGUUGAAAAAGCCCUGGACAAGUUUUGUUAUGAACACCCCGUCAUCCCUUUGUGUAUGGAUGGAGCAAAGACAUACGUACAUGUGAUCAUCAGACAUUUCAGUGCAUUUGCAAAUCAAAAUGGUGACAUAUGCACAGUGUUGAGACUGUGUGGCAGCCAGUCUAAGAGAAAAGCACCAUCAGAGCUCACCAUUGGCCUGAAUGAGCAUGGUUUGCUCUAUGCAAAACCCUCAAGAGGAACCAGUCAAGAGGUUCAAGUCAAUCCCAUCUGUAACUUCUGUAUUUUCUUCAUAAAGACAAUAGAGAGCAUGUUGCCUAAAGAGAGAACUGAAGAGGCUAUAGUGAACCUUCUGGAGAAAAUCUGUGACUAUUUGCCUUCACAAUAUAAGGACACAUGUAACAACUUCAUAGAAACGUACGGGAAGCAGCUGAUUGAUCUGCUGUUGUCCUCCCUCCCUCCACAUGCCAUCUGUACUGCGCUGGGCCUGUGUCUUUUCCCAGAGACACCACUGUCAUUAUCAGACUGCGAGUCCUGUAAGAUACUUGCAGUCCUCUCCCGGUUUCAUUUGGGUCACAAUGCCACUGAGAUCCAGACCUCUGACCUGCUCCAGAAGAUGUGCCACCUCCACCCUAAUGCUAUUCCUCGAUGUGAAGGGUUCGUGAAGCUGCAUGGCCACAGGCUCCUGAAGAGCGAUGGGAAACAACCAGCCCUUACUGCAUGUGAGGAAGAUUACCUUUGCAAGGGACCCAAAUGAAAGUGAUCGUUCGAGCAAGACUCAGAUCAGAAAAGCAACAACUUUUUACUGUACUUAACCAAGCUUUUUCUAUCCACUCCCCUUGCCACACAUAAAAUCAAGUGAAAUUUGAGACAUACAGUAAAUGUGGAGACAAUGACUGUUCAAUCAGUUUCAAAUAA